AGGAGCCAUGGCUCAAGUCGCCGCUGCGCCCCGCGCCGCUGUUCCGGCGGCCCCGCCUCUUGCCGCGAGGCGGCCCCACUGGCAUGGGCAACGGGCGCUGUCCCAGCGCCAGGCGGCCGGCCUCACCGCCAUUUGCUGCGUUGGUGCCUUGAGGCGAGCAGCAGGCGGCAACUCCCGCCGCAAGGUUCUGCGUCGCGCGGAGACGGGCGAUGAAGACCUCAUCCAGAACAUUCGGGCAGUGAUGUCCGACAAGGAGGUGGUCCUGAAGGAGAAUCGCUCAGAGGAGCGCGAGACGGAGCUCCAGAACUUUGCCAAAGAGUGGCUGGAGGAGCAGGGCAUGGACUACGACGCCUCGAGUUUGAACGUCAUCGAGGUGAAAGAUAGCUCCAUGAAGGAGGAUCCGGAGACAAAGUAUCGCACGGACAAGACGCUGAUGAUGGAGACCUACGACCGGGGGGAAAUUCAGCUCAUGGAAAAGACCUGCACCGAUCUGCUGGCGGUGAAGCCCCACGACGCGGAGGUGUGGCGCAUGCGCACCCUCGGGCGGCUGCGCCUGAAGCUCUGGGACUCUGCCUUGGAGUCGGCGCGCCGGUGGAUCGCCUUCGAGCCCCAGGCCUUGAACCCUCGCUGUGCGGAGGCCUUUGCGCAGGCCGGCAGCCAGGAGAGCACGCAAGUAAAGGAGGCGCGGGUCCGGUUUGCACAGCUCUACAAGGAGGUCAACAAGCUGGAAGGAGAGGGGAUCCGGGACGCGGCGGUAGAGCUGCAGGAGUGCGUUUGGCGCUGCGACGAGAUGCUGGAGCACAAAGAAGCCGAGGCCGCCGUUGCAGAAGAGGCGUGCCGGCCUUGCAACUUGAGCGCUCGCCCGGCCACGGUGCUCACGGGCGCAAGGCCGCCCCACUUCUUCCUGCCCAACUUUGCAGACUCUGUGGGGCCGGUGAAGGUGGUGCAGGCGGACAAGGAGGAGCUUGGAGGCGGCGCGGUCCACAGCCGGAAGCUGAUCGUCACCAAGGAUGUCCAGGCUGGGGAGCCGCUCUUCGUCCAGAACGCCAUGGCCUUCGCGAGCUUGGACCGGGCGGGCGACGUGGUGCGGCUCAAGACGUCCUUGGUGACCGCCGCCACGCUGUCGCCGCGGCAGGCCAAGCUGGUGGACAUCUUGCUGGAUAGGAGCGAGUGGGACGAUUCCAAGAGCGAUGAGGUCAUGGAGGCCCUGCGUGAUCCAACCGUGGUGAGGGAGAAGCCAUGGAGCUCCGAGCCGGACGACAUGGUGAAGCACUUCCAGGCCUGCGAAGAGCUGGUGCUGCAGGCCCAGGUGCUCACGGGGAAGAAGUACAGCGGCAUUUGGAUGCUUCCUGCCCUGGCGCGGCACAGCUGCGCUCCCUCGGCCAACCACACCAUUUGGGGCGACGUGCUCAUGGCCCGUGCGGCGCGGCCCCUGAAAGCUGGCGACGAGGUGACGUUGGGCCUCUUCGAGCUGUGGUUUCCCCUGGAGAUGCGCCAGGAUAAGUUCACCCACACGGGGCCCGGGUUCUGGUGCAGGUGCCCACGCUGCGAGGCAGAGGCGAACUUCGACCCCCGGGCGGUGGAGGCAGCUGCAGAUCUUGAAGCCAGGUUUCAGCAGCAGGGCAGCCGGAUCCAAGCGGUCAUGGAGACGUUGGACCUCAAGCUGGAAGAGCGGAAGAAGGAGCUGGAGAAGGAGUACGAUGCUAUCCGAGACAAUGAAAAGCUCAACAAAGAGAUGGACGAAGGCCUUCUGGGCCUGGCGGACCGCUUCAAGAGCCUCAAGGGCGCCCCAACCGACGCGGACAUUGAGGAGCUGCGGAAGUACUUCCCCGAGCGGAACGAGCCGGAGUUAGUGGACGUGAAGCCUGACCUGGUCAACGACCUCUUGGAUGCCGUGGAAACCUUCGAAAUGGAGGUGGAUACGCUGGACAUGCCAGAGGAGCACCGACAUUGGCUGGUGUCCAACCAUUUAGGGCAAUACGGCCAGCUGAUCACGCUGCUGCGCCUGCGGAAAGACGUGGAGGCCCAGCGUCGGGUGGUGGAUCGGCUCCUAGAUGCGGUCGCAACCACCCUGCCUGGGUGCUUCCAGCACCAGAAGCUCUCCGUGCUGCUCUGGGAGGUGGCGGCGCUUUGUGCUGACCCCACUCUGAAGCAGAAGGUUAUGGACCUCAUCCCCAAAGAGCUCGAAAGAGUGAGGGACGCCAUCAAGGUCCGCUACGGCGAAGAUUUGGACGACGCGGAGAUCGCCGCGGCUCUGGCGCGGAUCUCCGCCACCACCGUGCUGGAUGAGAACUGGAUGUGGGACAUCACGUGGUGCUCGGGGCGCAACCCAGGUAUUGAGCCGGUGAGAGGUCCUUCCGGGAAGGUGCUGCCCGUCCUCGGCUCCUCGAUCCUGGUCUGAGUGGAAAA